AUGCCCGUUACAUCGUCCUUUACGCCGCUCGAGCUCCUUCGCCUCCCCCUCGCCUCGGCGUUGCGCGAAGAGUUUGUCGGCCGGCCCAUUUCCUCUCUCCGCACCCCGGCCGUCAUUAUCGACCGCGCGGCAUUCAAGGAGAACUGUGCGCAGAUGGGCGCCAAGGUCGAUGGACUGGGCAUGCAUUUCCGCGCCCACAUCAAAACGCACAAGACGCCGGAAGGCACGCGUCUCCAAAUUGCAGGCGGGGCGCGUACCCUUGUCGCCUCGACCAUGCCCGAAGUAUGGGGCGUCCUCGAGGCUGGCAUUGACGCUGGCGAUAUUGACGAUAUUCUGCUGUCGCUUCCAAUCUCGGCGGACAGGAUGGAAGACCUCAACGACGCGCAGGAGAAGGCUGGCAACAUCAAGAUCCGGGUCAUGGUCGACCACGCCGAGCAAGUCUCCCAUCUCUCUGCCGCGGCCAAGAGGUUGGGUCGCAAAGCUCCGUGGAGCAUGUUCAUCAAGGUCGACGGAGGGGGUAACCGUGCCGGUGCACCGCCCAGGAGUGCGCAGAUGGACGCGCUCCUACAGGCAUGCAAGGACGAGCCGGCAGUCGAGAUUUUCGGCUUUUAUUCCCAUUUCGGGCAGUCUUAUGCUUCGCGCAACUUCGAACAGGCGGGCCAGUAUUAUGCCGGCGAGAUAGAGUGCGUUAAUGACGCUGCGGCACGAGCAAUCGAGCUCGGACUCAAGGGCGACUGGAUCCUCAGCGUCGGCGCUACACCUACUGCCCACGCUGCUGCUCUUGGCGCGGCGGCGCCCGGCGGACUGAAUGGUACCCUCGAGCUGCAUGCUGGCUGUUAUUGUCUUAACGAUUUACAGCAGGACGCUACUAGUCUUGUUCGCGAGGGCGGACUCGCACUCACCGUUCUGGCAACCGUUGUGAGCAAGUAUCCCCAUCGCAAUGGGGGCGAGGUCUUGACCGACUGCGGAGCGCUCGCUGUUAGUAAGGACGUCGGACCCGUGCCGGGCUUCGGGCGGGUCGUCAGCAAGGGACAUGAGGGGUGGUCGCUGGGUCGCGUUAGCCAGGAACACGGCGUGCUCACUCGCAAAGAGGGGGCAAAGGAGAUCGAGAUUAACGAGCAGGUGCGGAUUGUUCCCAACCAUGCUUGUCUCGCUUGCGCUUGCCACCCAUGGUUCUAUAUUAUUGACGGAGGCGGGGACAAGGUCGUCGACGUGUGGGUGCCGUGGAAGGGCUGGUAG